CUUCAAGUUCAGGUUCAAGAGCUGCCAGGCACUCGCCAGUGCCAGUACUUAGUGGCAGCAGAUCUUGUCAACAGGUGUUGGUUAUUUCAGACGCAGACAGCAAGAAGCUUUGACCAUUCCCCUUCUCUAUCUUUUGCCAAGUCUAGGCAGAAGUGUUUGUUCACCACACGGCUCACAGAAUCUGCUGUUAUAGCUUGAGCUUCCGGAGAGCGUCCAAGAGUCAACUCAACUUCCAGAACUUCAUGGCAGCUCACAAUGAAGCAGCGGAGCUGAGAGUCCCCAGAGUUGGUGUUGGUGUGCUUAUAUUCAGAGGCAGGAAGGUCCUGGUAGGCAAACGCAUCGGGCAAAAUGGUGGUGGUACAUGGGCUUUGCCGGGCGGGCACUUGGAGUUCGGUGAAACUUGGGAAGAAUGUGCUAUUCGUGAAGUUGAGGAGGAGACAGGCUUAAGUAUCCAUAAGCUACGCUUUGAAUCGGUCACGAACAGCAUUCGGCUACACGAUCAGAAGCCUUCUCACUAUAUCACCAUUUUCAUGAGAGGCAAAGAAGACAAGGAAGAUCAAACGGCCCUCCUUUUAGAGAAGGACAAAUGCGAAGGAUGGCAUUGGAUAGAGUGGGGCCAGAUUCCUGAUCCUAUCUUUCACCCUUUGGCGGUGCUUCUAGAAAGUGGGUAUUCCCCAGAAAUUGCAGAUUGAUCUCGGGGUUUCUGGUGAGAAGCUGCAAUUUAGUGGUUGCAACUAACACGUUCAGUUCAGCUUCAGAUUCAGUCAUGUGAGCUUGGAUUUUGUAUAGGCUAUCGGGAGCUCGGAUAAAGGCCGCUACAAAACUUGAAAGAAAUACAAUCAUCGAUUUGAGGCGGCAAUCAUAUUUAUUGCGACGUAUCUUUCAUUGAUCAGCUUGCGAGAUCAAUCUAGGCCUUGGCGUCAAAGGGACACUAAAGCAAUAAAAGUAUGUAUUACCUAUUUGCAACCGUC